CAACAAUCCAUGAGUUAAAUUCGUUCUCCUCCUCUUCCUCUUUCGUUCCCUCUAGCCCACCAAUUGCGAACAUAGCGGGACAUCACCACCAUGUUCUUCAUCAGACAGCAGCGCCCCCACCACAUCCUCCGUUCCCUGCAUACGUCACCACCACCACUACCCGCACGAGUUCAACUCGCCUACGAGCUCCAUCACCACCACCGCCAACCACCGCGCAGCAGCAGCAGCAGCAGCAGCAGCAGCAGCCCCUCAACAUCACCAAUUCUCUUCCUCCAUGGGUUUCUCGGUUCGAAGCGCGAGAAUCGGCUGAUUAUCCUUAGACAACUGGCCAAGGAUACCUCCCGAGCAGUCUAUGCAUUGGAUCUGCGCAACCACGGCGACUCCGGCCACCAUCCGACGCACGACUAUGUGGAACUGGCGCUAGAUGUGCGAAGCUUCAUCGAGAAACACCGCAUUCGAGAGCCGACUAUCAUCGGGCAUUCGAUGGGAGCGAAAACAGCUUUAACCCUGUCGCUGGAAUCCCCUGACCUCAUCAAAGAUGUCGUGGCCAUCGACAACGGCCCCAUCCAUUUACCGCUUCAAUCGGAUUUCCUUGGAUACCUGCAAGGUCUGGCCCGGUUGCAAGAGGAGCGGAUCACCAGCCAUCGGCACGCCGAUGAGAUUCUGGCGGCAUAUGAGAAGGACCCUGCCAUUCGACUCUGGCUCAUCAGCAACCUCGUGAAGACACCAAAUUCGCCAUAUCUCGACCUGCGAAUCCCCGUGGAGAUCCUGAAAACGGCCAUGGGGCCCCUGGGCGACUUCCCCUACAGAGCGACCCAGGAAGGAGCCAAGCAGUUUCACGGGCGUGUACUCUUCCUGAGAGCACUUCGGAGCCAUUAUAUCCCGGAAACGGCGUUCCCGACGAUCUCUUCGUUCUUCCCAGCCGCCCAGAUCGUGAACAUUGAUAGUGGUCACUGGAUCGUUCAAGAGAAACCGGAGGAACUGCGGCAAACGGUUACAGAGUUCUUAUCAUAGCCUAGAAAAGGCACCGUCCGGUGCUGGUGGGCUUUGCAUGUCAGAUGAUUUGGC